GGAGACGCCGCUUGCGUCGCGAAGGGAAACCCCCCGUCAUCUGGCACCGCGCGCCUCGCCACGGUCGCCUCGGCACGGCCUGGCUCCCCGCCGCUUGGACAAAAUGCUGCUGAGCCGCGACACGAGUGCGUGGAGCGGCGAGGAGGAGGUGGAGAAGCCGAGAGAAGGCAAGCAGCAGCAGGAGGAGGAGGAUGCGAGCCAGGAGCGCUGGCAGCUGCUGAGCCGGUUGAAGUCGACGGUGGAGGUGCUCGUGGGCGUAGGCCGUGCCGGCGUGUGGACGUGCUACGGCGGGCUGGAGCACCUCACGGCAGCCAUGCACGCCAUCCUCGAGCACGGCCUGCAUGCCGCAAAGUGUCAGCCCUCAUCCGAUGUGCAGUACUGGCCGUUCAUCUUGAGCCUGCAAAGCGUGGCACCCCAAGUGUGUCCCUGCAUCGUCCAGGACUCUGCAAUCGGCGCGACGCUGGAGGAAGCGGCGGCGCCUCCCGGCACGGUGACAUCCGGGAGCGGGGACUCCUCCCCCGGUGCUCGCUGGCUCAGGGAGAGCCUGGAGAGGCUGGGCCUCGCGCCGCAACUGCGGCCACUGCUCGCCCACAGGGCCCACGUCCUUGCCUUUUACUCCGAGUCGGCGUUUGUGCUGAGCGACGUGCACGUCACCGCCAUGCUGCAUUGCCUGGACGCGCUUGAACAGAACAGCAUGGACCUGCUCACUGAAAUCAGCACCGCGCUGCUGUGCAAGGGGAGCGUGGGUCUACUGGCGAAAGGGAGCCGCCCCUCCGGUGCCGCCCUCUUGGGCAGAGCCACACCGUUGGCUGUCGGCGGAACUCCUGCGGCCGCCAGACGGAGGAGCUGGAGCCUCGCGGUGUCUCCCGGCGCGGGGCGUGGGGCCGGCCCGGGUGACGCGCGCCCACGCCGCCACACUCUGACUCAUGUGGUGCACGGCAUUGCUGCCACCGCCGGCACCACCGGCACCACCACCGGCACGGCCGCCGCCAGCCUGACCGCCGCACCUCCUUCAGCCGGUGGCGCGGUGCACGAGGGGGACCCGCGCGGCGACGCUAAGGGAGCACCAGCGGGCGAGCGGCACGUGGUGACGCGCCCCGUGGGAAACUCGCUGUGUGCCGGCACCGGCACGGAGCAGGAGAUGAGCUGGCUGGAGAUGUCGCACUCUCCCAUUGGAGGCGGAGAUAGCGCCACCGCCGCUGCUCCCUGUUCGUCCACGCCAGCGGAUCCACGCGCCGCGGGCGCCGCCCCCUUCAGCGCCGCGUCCUCCCCCAGGGACGCAGACGACGGGCCGGAGUACUUCGCCGUCGGAGGCUCGAGCCGCGGCCGUUCCUGCUCGUCCUCCUCUUCCUCGUCGUCGUCCUCGACGUCCACGUCGUCCUCGCUCGCCUCGCUGCCCACGCAGGCCUCGCUCCCCAUCGCCGUCAACAGCGGUGCCGCGGCGGCGGCCGCGGAGACCCGGCAGCAGCAGCAAGAGCAGGAGGGGAUGCAGCCGUGGAGGAAGGGAAAGCAGCACAAGCGCUCGCAGUCAGACGUGGGGCCCGCACGCGACCACCGCCACGACGGAGCGUUCUCCUCCAGCAGGGAGGCGUGCAGCCAGGCGCUGCACUCCGACACCGCCCCAAGGCCUGCAGCAGAUGGGGCAUACGGCUGGAGCAGGAAGUUGGGGGAAGGCCUGCAGCUUCGCCGGCCGUCGGAGGGACAGUCGCUCCUCAGCUACCUCUCGGAGCAGGACUUUGCGAUGUGCGCCGACCUGGAGAAGGAGAACGCGCACUUCAGCAUCUCAGAGUCGCUCAUCGCCGCCAUUGAGCUUAUGAAGUGCAACCUGCUGGGCGACCGCGGCUGGGAGCUGGAGGUGGCGGCGUUGGCGGCGAAGGAGGCAGAGGCGGAGACGGCGGAGACGGCGGCGGUGGGGGCCGUGUCAGGGCCCGAGUGCCUGGACGAGAGCGACGGCUGGGUGGAGUGCAACGCGGCCGGCGCGGAGCUGAGGGUGGAGGAGGCCGGAGCGGCGGACACCACCGAACCACUCGAGGUCGCCCUGCCGGCAGCCAGCAGCCCCUCAGAGAGUUCGGAUCUCUUCGUGUCCACGGAAUCUUGCCUCUCCAGCUGCCAGAGCUGGAAGAACUGCGACACAGAGACGGCAGGGAGCGUGCGGGAGGCGAGCAGUCCCUUGGGCAGCCUCACUUCGUCGCUGCAGAGCUCCGAGUCGCUGAUGUCCCUGAGUGGGCCGCCCAGCUCCUGUGCCAACUCCGCUGAGGCUGUGGCCAUGGGGCUGCUGCGGCGAUUCCAGGGCAUGCAGCUCCCUGCCGCCUCGGAGCUCGACUGGCUCGUCACCGAGGAGGACGCGCCACAGAAGCUGCUGCCCAUGCCGGGCUCCGUACCGAUUUGCCCGGACGAUGGGGAGCACUCAGACGUCUACAAGCUCCGAAUUCGAGUGCGCGGCAACCUGGAGUGGGCGCCACCACGCGCGCAGAUCAUAUUCGACAUCCACCCCAGCACCAAGAAGAAAGUGAUCCUGGCCAAGCAGAACAGCAGGUGUGCGGGGUGCGGUACCAAGGUGGAUUCAAAUUAUAUAAAGCGACUGCGUUACUGCGAGUACCUGGGGAAGCUCUUCUGCCAGUGCUGCCAGUCGGGCUCCGUGGCCGUGGUGCCCGGGCGGCUGCUGCGCCGCUGGGACGCGUCGCGCUACCCCGUGAGCAACUUCGCCCGGGAGCUGCUCGCGCGCAUCGGCCACGACCCCCUCUACAACCUCAUGGACAUCAACCCCCAGCUCUACCGCAGGGUUAAGGCCCUCACCGUCGUGCAGGAGCUGAGGAAGCAACUGGUCCACCUCAAGCACCUCCUCCAGACGUGUCGGCAUGCAGAAAGCAUUCUGGCGACUCUGAGCUCCUCCGUGCCAGGACACCUGACGGAGGAGGUGGACCUCUACUCCCUGGAGGACUUGCUGGCAGUCAGACGGGGCGAGCUGGCCCCCACCUUGCGCCAGAUGGUCACGCAGACCACGCAGCACGUGCGCGCGUGCCAGCUCUGCCAGGCCAGAGGCUUCAUCUGCGAGUUCUGCCAGAAGGAAGAGGAUAUCCUGUUCCCGUUUGAGCUGACGCGCUGCCAGCAGUGUCCGGGCUGCCGUGCCUGCUACCACAAGUGCUGUUUUGCGGCCGCCCGGGAGGACUGCCCCCGCUGCAAGCGCAUCCUGGCUCGGCGGCAGCGACUUGCGCAGCCGGACAUUGACGGUUGAGCACGGUAUUGAGGUGGGGAUGCGGGGGUCAUGGGAAGCCAGCAACUCGACUUGAAGACGGAGCCGCCCCUUCACCGUGACCUUUUUUGUUUUGUUUAAAGCAGGUAAGGCCCACUGAGCUACAUAGCCAUCCUCGUGAGGUCGCCCCUUUGACGUCGUAGCCUCUCUCCACCGCGGUCCUUGUCGGGAUGCCACCGCAAAGGUGAUCAACUCCUCUUCGACGUUGACCCCAUCGGCUUGGUCGCCCUCCUGGGGUGUCUCCGACGGCUUGACGCGGUGCCAGAAGAGGAGGACCCCCGUGGCAUGGCGACUACAAGCCCGUUUACCGUGAUCGAUGUCCACCGCUGCCGCCAAUGCCGUCUACUUGAUUGCGUGACCUUGCAACCUCUCAAGCGAAGAAACGGAUACCAAGACCGUCCUGUGGAAAUGUCGGGAGUGUGCUGUGCUCGCCCGGCACGCUGGCACAUAACCAGGCAUGGCAAUGGUUUAUCCCUUGCCCAACGAGAGUGCAAAUUGCACUUUCGUCGUGUGCCACGACCCCCUCUCUUGGGCCCUGCUGCUCAGGCUGCCAUUCACCCGCUCGCCACAAUGUGUGGGUGGAGGGCUGCAGGAAAAAAAUAUUUCACAAACGUCCCGGCUACGUCCGCCUUGUACCGUUUGCACGCACGCUGCCUCGCCGAUUAAGAUUGGAAACAACACUUCGCUUGCCAAUUGCCAUCGUUACAAGGGGGCUGUAAAGGUUGAACGGGGUUUGUCUUUCAGUGUUAGUGUUUUGGGUGCUGCGUGUAAAUACAGGUCUUACAGUGUUAGAAACCUUGAUGGUGAGCUCAGAUGUUUUUGAUUCAUCGCAGGUAGUCUCGCGUCAGCCAGCCUCGGCAAGCGAUCGCAUUACACCAGAAAAAACGUGUUGUGCCGUUGCCAUUGCUUAUGGGUUCCUUGCUAGCUUGCAGCUUUAACAGAUGCUCGCGUGAUCACGUGUACGAUUACGUGACAUUUUUCCCUGGUGUCGCUUGAAAAUCUUCUAAAAUGCGAUAUUCUCUGGAUUCUAAGAUGCUCUGGAGAGAAAGGUGCCACCCCAAACUUGUGCCCGGUGUCAAUAAAGUUACACAAAUGUGGUCACACAAAGACAAAGCUCUGCCGUAUAGCCUUAACAGGCUGUUAAGGCAAAUGCUACUAGCGAGCACCUACGAUGGCCACCACGGCACAUGAAGGAGUGGGUGGCCAUCACCAUGCCCGGCCACAUUUGUCUGCCUAGUGGCGAUGUUUACACAUCAAACUAGGUACUCAUGUGAAGCUGAGUCGACCUAGGGGAGGCCCAAAACCGAUUUAGAUCAUCAUUACCGGUGUUGAUCAUGAGCAGAACUUAGAGAUGGAAAACACAGCUUCUCAUUGCCGAGUUCUGCCAUGCUGCGAAAACAAAGGGUGCAUAAUAUAGGUUAUUUGGGUUAGAUUGCGUAAAUAUAAAUGUGUUCCUGUUAAACCCGCCACCACCCGACACAGCCAGUUAGCAAGGUUUGACACGUAAACAGAACAUGCCAAUUCGUUACUAGUGGAGAGCAAAUCCACAACAUUUACAAUCUGAGUACUCGGAUGUGUUGCCGCUAAACCCGCCACCAGAUUGUAGAUGUUGUGGAUUUUCUCUCCAACACACCGGUGUGCUGUACUAGUAACGAAUUGGCAUUUUUUUUCACGUGACAAACCUUACUAAUUGGCUGUGUCGAGUGGUGGCGGGUUUAACGGCAAAUUUAUAUAUUUACGUGAUCUAACCCAAAAGAAACUAUUACGGAUGAUAUUGGUCGCUAAAGCCUACGUGUUAAACCAACAAUGUGUGGGUUGGGAUGUUUUAUUGUGAGAUCGCGCGAGUUGAGCGGCGAUGUCCUCGAGCGUCUAAGCGACGCGUUACUGCGCGUCAGCGUCCGGGUCCAAAUGCAGAACUGUACGCCAUAUUUGAAAAUUAUCUGCGGUCACAAGAAUUAUACUUUGCAUUGGUUACUUAAGCAUCGGAGAUUCUGUUGAGAUUGAUUCGAUUGUUGUAAAGGGGACUUUUGAGACGGCAUGUCUUGACUAAACUAAUUUUAUUAAAUCAGGUAAGGCCCACUGAGCUAUAUAGCUGUUUUUCAGGAGAGGCCUGGACACAAAUGAUAACUCAACAAAGUGGCAUAUCAUGUGGACAUUUCAUAAUAAUUGAAAUGUAUAACGCGCCUUUAAUUGUUCUCAGGGGGCUAACGCCCUGAGAACGAUUGCAGCCAAAUACUAAAAGUGAACAUGCAAACAAAUAUUAAGACGAUUGAAUAAUAUACAUUUUCAACAAAAACAAUUAACCUUUUCAGGGAGCCCACCAAAAGAUCUGCUGCAUGUUGGAAUGCCUGGCGAGGCAAUCGUUCCUGUGGCACCGCAGGGACACCGUGAUGCUGUGGCGGAUGGAUGGUGAUCUCGUGGCGCGUGGCCGUUGUGAAUCGUUCACGCAGAGAUUUGAUUUUGUUCAUCGAAAAGUGUCCAUAAUCUGCCAAUUGCGUGAACCUGAAAUGUAGUAAACCGAACGUUCGUAAAUCGAGCGAUACCUGUAAUUGAAUAUCUCGGAACGGUUGCCGAAUAUUUCGUUUUCUAAUGAGGGUUACCGAUGGCCCAUUAUCGUGUGCUCACACUUGCACAAGUGUGUUGGCAUUCCGCCGAUCCAUCCAGCAGUGAAUAGAAGCUGCGUCUGUCUUCGGUGGCCAGUGAAGCGGCAUCGUCAUUGACUGAACCUGCCCAAUCACAGCUCAAUGAAAAAAAAACUACUGUAUUAUUUAAUGUCUUCCUGUUUAAUACAUAUUGCCAGAAUUUGCAAUUGUCAAAUGUAUAUACAAUGCGGUCUUACAUGCUUGUGAUUAGUUGUAUUUAUAUUUUUUAUAUAAUUUCAAGAAAAAAAUAUCGAUAUGUUCUGCUACACACUGUUACAUGUUUUUAGUUUUAUCAUUUAUAGUACAAUUUAGUUGGUGCUGUUAAGGUACAGACCAGUGGCAAUUGUAUUUGGGGCUUGAGUACAGAAUUACACAAUUAAAAAAAAUAUAUCGGAAGUUAGGACUUGUUACGCCAGUUCCAUCAGGGUGUUAAGACAUUGAAUUGUCAAAGUAAUACAAUAAAACACUAAAUAAUAGCAUGACAUAAUUAAUAACAAAAUGUAAUUGAUUACAUUUAAGAACGAAUAUCAACAUAAUAUGCUUACAUAGGCCAUAGACGAGCUGAAGCUCACAGAACGAUGUCAUUCCGGCCAUGUUGCAUGGGUGAAUUCAUGGUGGCCAUAUUGCAUGGGGGUUUUUGCCUGGCCGAUGAUUGGCUGGUGCAGCGAGAAUGAUGGCAAUCCCGAGAAAUUGCCGCCACGCCCCCAUAGCUUUGCGAUCUCACUCGGACCUGCAUAUUUCCUUUGGAUUUGUGUCAGCUUCCUUUACGAGCAGUUUGGAUAUUACUACAGUCGCAGCCUGCCAGAUCGCGCACAUGUGAUUAGGGAAUGACCUAGGAAGAGAUCACGAGACUCUUCCUCAUUUGGCGUCAGUAGGUGCAGCAUUCUGUAGUUCUUGGCCGGUUACUAUGGCAGAGCUGGGACAAUGAAGUGAAAGCAGAAAUAUAUACACCAAGAACGUGUUGUUUCUCAGUUGACAUUUUACUCAGGGAAGCGUCACCGAUUCUUCAGGAUGUGCACUAUUCGUUCUUUCCGUCCGUCUCAGCGUCCAAAGCGAUGGAUGAGGUGGAGGCACCAUAACGCUCCUAAACUGAUCCAAUUUGAACUAAACUUUCGUAUAAAAUAAUUCUAGAUUUGAAGCUUUCGUGACUGCAAGAAUUCAUAUUCUUAGGUUUUUCGGUAAAGUCAUGUAGGUAAAAAAAUUAAAUUAAUAAAAGUAAAAUAAAACAAAAUAAAAAAUCACGACGUUUCGGAAGCAACACAAGCCUCCGUCUUCAGGUGGAACCGUCACAGCCACGACAGCUGUAUCAAUGAGAGAUAAAAUGUUGCGUUGCUAUUAGGCAAUUGCCCUAUUGAAACCGAUUAAAUUGAUCAAAUGCUUUCCCAAAAACUUAGAGACAAAGCAGAGCAAAAAGCGCUAUCCUACGGUGUCCAUACUUCGAAUUAAAAUUUAAGUACUUCCAAAAACAAACGCAUGUUUGAGAGCGUUACGUAACCCAUGCGUUUGAAUGGUUUUUCAACAUUUCUUGCAGAAUCAGAAAUAUACUAUAGGAGGAAUCCGAUGAGCUUAUAAAGCCUCUCUUUCACAGAUGCCAGUGGGGGCGGGUCACAACGUUACAACAAACUACAAAAAAACACGAUAGAAGUUCAAGGUCUAGGAAAGGUAAGACAUUUCCCGAAAGCAUUGUUUUUAUUUACCAGCUAAAGCCCACUGAGCUGUUAGCUUCUGGGGGUGGCUUAUGUGAAAAUUUCUAGCAGCCUUCCAGCUUGGCACUCUUGACUGGUUCCCUUUUGAAACUUCGUUUUGGACGGUGUGAACCGUGAACCCGCGUGCACGGCGAGAAUUAUCCGAUGGAAUUCGCGGGGUCACUCCUCUACCGGACGUGAGAUUGAUUACGCAAGGAGAUUAUGGGAAAUGAAACGCCUUCGAGUGUCACACGUGACACCCGGAGCACAAUCGGACCGUAUUUGCUUUCGCGUUUAAAACCUGUGUCGAACUUAUUUUGCACCGUUUGUAUCCAACCGUGCUAAUAGUUGGUGCAAAAUAUAAUUGCCACCUCCUCAACACGUACUUGAUGCCAUAACAGAUACAUUAUUAAUCCUGCCUAGGGAGCAAUGCACGCUUUCUAAGUGCGCGUGCAAGGAUUCGUGUGUUUCGUCCAUUAAGUAGGCCUGCAAGGUGUAAUGUGGGCCUACAAUAUCAGGUUAACUCUUGUACUGGUUAGAACCUCCUGGUUACACCAGCCCACAGGGGAUUAAUGUGUCCGUCGUGCAUUCAAA